AUUCAUCUGUUGCUUGGUUGCCAGAAACGUCUAAUUAACGGUAUGCGUUUUUUCAUGAACACACAAUACAUCAUUAUUCAAAAUACACUCCUUUGUGAUAUAUUAUUGUCAGACAACUGUCAGAUUAUCAUUUCUAAAAUGAAUUCAAGCUUUCCACAGAAUAAUACUGAAGAAAGUGAAGAAGAAAAGCUAAAACAAAUAUUCCUAGAAGAACUAAACAGAAGGAAUGAGAACCUGAACGAAUUCAUAGAUGAAUUUGUGAAUUCGGAAGAAUAUGAGGAGUAUCUGGAGAUGAAGCGAAAUAUCAUGAAAAAAAAUGUUGCAGCACAAUAUUGUGAAAGCGAUUUGAUGCAAUAUCAGGAAAUGGAGGAAGAAGAUAAAUAUCCAUUGACGACAAGGUCCAGAAAUAUGAUGGCAUUCGUACAUAAAUUCGAGAAAUACACGAAAAAUAAAGAGAAUCUAGAAUUUCUUCAGAAACAAGAAAAAGGAAUUCAAAUAAUAAAGGACGCAAUUUUGGAGUUAAGACAGAUUUUCAUAUGUACAAAGCAAAUCAGAGAGGAUGCGAAGAAAGCCCGCGAUAAAAGAAAUUUAGAAAAAAUCUGCCAAUCAUUCAACAUAGAUUAUCGAAUUUGGAAAGAAAGAAACAAACAUAAAAUAACACAACGCAUUUUAUGCUAUCAGAAAAUAUUACAUACACGAAAAAUUAAGAGGAAUCAAAAUAUAACUGCAAUUGUGAAAAAACUUGUAGGAGAGAUCAAAUCUAAGAGAAAAGAUGAAGAUAGACUCAAAACUCCCAGUCACAGAAUUCAGAGAAGAGACAAAAUUAUGAAAGACAUGGAAAUCAUUGGACAUCACAUUACAUUGUGCUCUAGAUAUGAAACUGUAGAAGAUAAUGCCGAUCAGGAAAUCAAUGUUGAAAACAGAACUGAAAAACGUAAAGAAGAUGUAGUCAAAUAUAAAAAAGUCAAACAGACUAAAGAAAAAGUGAAGAACGUAAAGAACGAUAAGAAGAAAGAAAAAAAGAGCACUAUCACAAAAGGCAGUAAAAAGAGCCAAAAAUCAAAAAAAGAAGAAUCUGAAAUAGUUUUACCAAUAGUCCCCAUCUGUAAUCAACGUAAUAUAAUAACAACUGAAGAUAUUGAAAAACUAGAUCAACUUAUUGACACAUUCAAUAAACUAGAUGAUAUUAUGGAAGAUAAACAUUUACUGGCUCAAAUUACACCAAUAAAAUCAACAAUGGCGACAAAUAAUAAAUUCUUAUGUAAACCACAAAUGAUUACAUUCAAUAAUUUUCUGAAUGGAAAGAAUUAUAGAAAAAACUUGCUCAUCCAGAAUAGAAGCAGAGGAACUCAAAAAUUAAGAUUUGUAGGGAUUUCCUCUACCCAAGAUUACAGUGUUCUGCUAUUCAGAACGCAACCCUUAGUGGGCAUCCAAAAACUGGCAAGUGGUUGUUCAGUUCAUUUGACGAUUUUCUUCACACCAAUUGAAGAAACUUGUGAAGUAGACGCAGCACUAGAAUUUUGGACAUUCGAUAUUGAGUCUCAGAGAAAUGAAAAAUUUUACGUGAAUGUUAAAUGUAUUCCCUCACAUGCAGACCUGAAAAUUAGCUCAGAUGAAAUCCAUUUUGGAAAAAUUCCAUUUUGGCAAAGAUAUUGCAUUCGUCCCAAGGUAUUAAAGUUGACGAAUGAAGGAACAGAACCAUGCACCGUCGUGAUUAAAAAAAUACAAGAUAUUCUUCAAUUACCCGAAACGAGCGAAGAUGAUCGGAAGAUGGAGGAAAAUGAUAUUAGUAACGAAGUUAUAGAUGACAUUGAAGAACGUGACAUCAUUAAUGAAGUUAUAGAAGAACUUUUCGAAAAUGUAUUCAACACCUUUUUAUUCGAACAUCUUGCUAUAGCUCUCGAGAGUUCUCAAAAUGUCAAUCUGAAAGUGCAAAUGAGAAACGUCGAUUAUAUUGGAAACUAUCAAGAGAAGUAUUUGGUUGAUGUUUAUGAAAAUAAUGUACACAUUGGAAAUAAGGAAAUUAUGCUAUACGCCGAAGUCACAGACCAUUUCAUUACUGUGUCACCUGACAUUUUGGAUUUCGGUGUUUGUAUUUUGAAUUCAAUUUAUCAACUAGGACUCGAUAUAAAUAAUACUUCUUCGACCACACAAGCAAUUGCCAUCAAGUUCCCAUCGUCAUUAGGAGAUUACAUCCGCUCAGAUGUUACAAACUUGUAUGUACCACCUCGAGCAACGAGAAAGAUUUGGUUGAAGUUAUCCCCUAGGAAAUCCCUUUUUUCAGAUUCAGAGACACACUUCGAUAAGCAGACAGGAAUACUGGAAUUUCCUAUUCAUGUUUGUACCAUGAGUAAGAAUUAUGCACUUAUUCCACCAGUGAGAGCAAAGAUUUUCGCAGUGUUGACAGAAGCGAACGGUAUCGCAAUAUCUGCGAAAACUACCGAAUAUCAAAGAGGAGAUAUUGUGGAUUUGGGGGAAUGCAGCAUAUAUGAAACGGUCGUCACUGAUCUCGUUAUUGAAAAUAGAACUUUGUCUCCGCAAAUCUAUGGAUUUCUUGAUUUGCCACAGAGUGUGACACUUUCGCCAAAUUUGGGAUACGGGACGCUAGCCCCAGAAGAAACUAAAAUCCUGCAACUAUCCUAUCAUCCGGAUAUCAACGACCUCAAGAAAUUUUUCAGAGAAGAGAAAUUCAACAAUUACCUAGUUAAAUUCGACAUAAAUCUCGAUACCAUUAGUAACUUAGGACAAUUCAAACAGGAUUUCAGUACUAAGAAACUGAGGAGGUCGAUUGAUAUGAUUUUGAAAGAGCUGAGAACCCCUCAAGAAGACAAACUUUACCAACAUAUAAUUAAAUUGAAAGACUCAGUACGGUUGGAAUAUUUCCCAGAGUCGCAUGAAUAUGCAGAAGAACUCAACAAACGACUUUAUGAAUAUGACAUGGAAAUCGCAAAUGAAUGUAGUGAGGCAAACUUUUUUCGGAAAUAUCCAAACAUGAAACCAGUAGCUGAAAAGAGUACGAUAUCUAUCACUGCAAAAAUUCUUCGUCCACUAUUAGAGCUGUCUUGUCAGUACCUAGAACUUCCAGAUACUCCUUGUGGUUCCUACUCUUUUGUGGAAAUAGAACUCAAAGCUCUCAAGUCAGAGUUUACUUUGGAAUGUGACUUCUUGAAAAAAAGUUCAGCAACAAGUUUGCCUAAUUAUGAAGCUUGGUUCAAAAUAACGGGUGAUAAUGAAGAACUAAGGAUCGAGCCGACUUGUGGAACACUAAGAAAUGGAGAGACUAGAAAACUAAUUUUGGUUGCAAAGCCUUCCAUUCCAGAAAGUAUAAUUCAAGAUACAGCUAGGUCAAUUAAAUACACUGAAAUAUAUGAGAAAAGAAAACAAGAUUUAGCGCUAAGAAAAUUAAAAUCUCGAUCAAAAGGAAAAUUAAAAGAAGAAAAGAAAAAUAUCAAGGAGAACAAACGGGAGAAAAAAGAAACAAAAUCCAAACAGAAGAAAACCGAAAGUAAAUCGAAAACAAAAAUGAAAAGUCAGAGUAUUUCAAAAACCGACUAUACCGAAGAGAGCCACCCAAAAAUUGAGAUAACAGAAUCAGAAAUAAUUCUGGAUUAUCUCGAUUACUAUCCAGCCGAGAUGUGUUACUGGAGAACUCUUGAACCUUAUAUGCUACAGUCGAAGAUGGUAUGCAGCAUUGACUAUUACAGUACAUCAAUGAUCCGAAGACAAGAAACUAUAUAUUUGGACGCGUCUGUCAGAGUUGUCAGGCCAGAUUUCAUAACGAAUCUCAAAACGCAAAGAAUAAAUUUUGGAAAUGUAGCAGUGGGGAUGAGCAAAACCGAACAUAUCAUUCUACAAAAUAUACAAUAUAACUCCAUCAAACCAAAAACGAGUCUCUUAAAUCCUGUUGGUCCUUUUCGAAUACCUUACAUGAGAGAUACAAAUGUUCCCCCAGAACAUUAUUUGAAACUGCCAGUGAUAUUCGAACCAGUUGAAAACAAUCAGGUUGAAGAAUAUUUUGAAAUAACUUCAGGACGAACAAUACUAUCGUUGAUACUAGACGGGAAAGGAGUAACCCCAGAAAUCGACUUCAAGCCAAACAACUCGGUUUUUCGUUUGGAAUCACCAAAAAACAAAGCAGCAGAGUGCACACUACAGAUAAUCAACAAAAGUAGUGCCAAGCUGAAAAUCAAUUUUGAAAAAGUUGUUGAACUUGAAGGGUUCUUCAGAGAAAUUGAUCGGAGCCAACUGGAAAUUUGCCAAACGAAGGACGUCGAUCAUGAAAAAAAGGGAAAUAGAGCGAAAAAAUCUCAGAAGCCUGAGAAGAGUAAACAAAAAGUUUCGAAAAAAGAAGCUGUUUCCGGCAAUUUAACAGAAGUUGAGAAAGAUUCUAUCAGAAAUAAUUUCACGAAAAUUGAAGGUGCUUCCUUUUUUGAAUUGCUCAAUGUUGAGGAAAAUCAAUUGCAUUUAGAAGAAAGUUCUUCCAAGAGUAUAAAAAUUGGAUUUGGUACUACGGAGGCAUUGUUGAAAAAGAAAAAAGAAAUUAAGGAAUCUGGUAAGAAAGAAAAGGCCAGUAAAAGUCCUUCAGAUAAAAAAAGUACCGAAUCUUCGAAGCAAAGCAAGAAGUCGACAGACAAGAAAUAUUAUGUUGUUAAAUAUAACAUCAAAUUAUGCAACAAUUUUUUGAAAGACAUAAUUUUAAUAUGUUCUUUCAAAUAACAAAAAAAAAUUGACCAAAUAUAAUGCUUUACAUGUAGAAGCUCAACGUUCACAAUGUUUUUGCAGCUCGUCCUGAAAACGUUGUUUAUUAGUACAAGAUUGAGAAUAAACUGAUAUUUCUUACCAAUAAAUAGUCCAUAAAUUGACUUUUUUCGUGCUUCGAAAUGUAAUUCGACAAUGUCUGCAUACAAGCGCGUGAUAUAUUUGGCACAUAAAUAUACAUGAACAAAAUAUUUCGCUUCAUCAUCUCCUCUGGGUUACUUAUAGUAGGCAGAGUAACAAUCACAUUCAAUGAAUCCAAGUUUUCUGGAAAAUUUCUUGAUCUUUAAACACGUCCUUAUGGAUGAGCACAUGGUGAAAUGAGAUGUAUUGCAUGUUUGAUUUUGUUUGUUUCAUUGGUCCCAAGACAUGAUACAUUUCUGGCGCAUACGAAUGGAAUCACAGAACAAAUUAUAAAGAUAUUUGCGUAUCACGUUGAAUCCAUGAAUAACUACCCAUAGACUUUAAUGUAUCAUGUGACCUAUUGUAACCAGUGAGGUUAAGAA